GGCGCGCGCGGGUUCCACCGGGUGUCGUGGAGGCACAGGCACCGGGGGCACUCUGCCUGUCCGCGGGUGCCGCAUGGCAUGGCCAGCCCCGCGCGGUCCGGCUUCCCGGCGCGCACGAACAGCCGUCUGGACGCGUUCCUGCGGCGGCACCUGCCGCCCGAGGUCUACGACGCCGUCCGCGCCUACGAGCCGUGCAUCGUGGUGUCCGACGCCGAGAAGCACACGUUCAGGUACGUGGUGCUUAGCGACCGGCUCAUCUACCUGACGGAGAACCCGCCCAAGUCCAUCCGGAGGGUCGUGGCUCUGCGGGACGUCGUGGCCAUUGACUUGAUUGACGAUUACCCAGAGUUUUUGAAUUCGCCAGAUAGAGAAAUCAACCAGCACAUUCGUAUUGUCUACUCCUCAACGGUCUUGAAAAAAGAGCGUGGAAAACCCAAAGGUGUGGGGAAAUUCCUGUUUCCAAUCCACCACAGCAGUGUGAACCCAAAAGUCAAGCAAGAUAAUAAUGGACCUACCUUUUGGAGAAGAAAAGACCCCAGGAGUCGAAACGAAUCCUCUCUCAGGUCCCCCCAGGCGAACAGCGUGCCAUUCAAGGACUCAGCACCCUGUCCUUCAGACCUCAAGCAGCUGUUCCUUCCUGGCCAAGGAGCCUCUCGGCCUCUACCUACUCUCUCCAGGACUUCUCAGUCCGCAGCAGCCACUGGCCAGGCUGCCUGCUCACCACCGCCGCCUUUUGCGGCAAACACCGGACAGCAGGAGCCUCCAGAUUACAAAGACACCCCAAGAGAAAUUCCUCCCAGGUUUGAUGGGAACAGAAAUGAGUGUCGCUUAAGAAAUUCUCUCCCAGCUUCUCCUUCGCACAGCAGCUCCAGCGUAGAGAAGGAGGAGUCGGAACUCCACCUGUAUGUUAUUUCUGAAACCUCAUCAAUAUUUCUGCACUUAAAGAGUUCGUGGAACAACUACAUUAUAAGAGCUACUCUUUCACAAGACCCUCUGUGCUCCAGUGGACACGGUCACGUCAUCGGGAAUCCAAAGCCCUACAGAUCCGAGGAGAAAAUUAAGCACUUCAGCCAACUUAAAUCUGAACUUUUUCUUCAAGACAACACUUUGAGUAAGAUACUGUGUUUAAUUACGGAGCUUAGAGUAGCAGCCCAGAGAAAUUUCAUCCUGAAAAGACUUUUCUGGAAAACCAGUGAGCUUUUCUACUUCCUAGUGAACAAGCUUCAUGAGUAUUUGCCGGAGUCCAGGGAUAAGAGUGCUCUUCAAAAUAAAAGCCAAAGAGCCAACGAGCUGGUGGCAUGUAUUGAAAUUACACAGACCCUAGGACUGAUGUUCAGAGAAACGGAAGUUGAAUCAUCACGACUGAGCACGCUGGCAGCUAAGAAGUUACAGGCGCUCAUCCUGGAAUACACAGACACGGCGACAGCCCUGCUCUUUGAGAUCCUUCUUGUCUUUCAGCAGGGAAAUCUUGCCUUGGGAUCCACAAAGUUUGCUAUCAGCUGGAUGAUGUCCUUUCUACAAAGCUGCCCUCCCACGGUGGCUUUUGUGGCCAGCAUUGUGAAGCGGGUGGCGAGGGGCCUUUCGGCCUCGCUCCAGCUGCUGACUCCUUGCCAGGCGGUCCUCUUGUACCAGCAGUUCUACAUCCUCAGGAGCUGCUUGCAGUACAGCAAGGCUCUCGCCGAGCACAUCAGGAGCGACCACAGCGAAGAGUUCAGGUACUUCAUUCAUAUGCCAGCCUUGGAAAAGAGGCUCCCCGUGAGCUACCCUAUUACGGAGCCCACCACUCAGCUCUGUCACGAAGUUCUACAAUUGAUUGAACAGAGACAAUAUGCAAAAUUUUAGAGGAGAUAAAGUAUAAAGUGUUCAUUGAAGUCCCAUA